AUGUGCGGCAAUAACAUGUCAGCCCCGCUGCCCGCCAUCGUGCCCGCCGCCCGCAAGGCCACCGCGGCGGUUAUUUUUCUUCACAGAUUGGGAGACACAGGGCAUGGAUGGGCAGAAGCCUUUGCAGGUAUCAGAAGUUCACAUAUCAAAUACAUCUGCCCGCAUGCGCCAGUUAUGCCUGUAACAUUAAAUAUGAAUAUGACUAUGCCUUCUUGGUUUGAUAUUAUUGGGCUUUCACCUGGUUCACAGGAAGAUGAACCUGGAAUCAAGCAGGCGGCAGAAAAUGUCAAAUCUUUGAUAGACCAAGAAGUGAAGAAUGGAAUUCCUUCUAACAGGAUUAUUUUGGGAGGAUUUUCCCAGGGAGGAGCUUUAUCUUUAUAUACUGCUCUUACCACGCAGCAGAAACUGGCAGGUGUCAUUGCACUCAGUUGCUGGCUUCCACUUCGGGAUUCAUUUCCACAGGGUCCUAUCACUGGCACUAAUAAAGACAUAUCUAUCCUCCAGUGUCAUGGAGAUUGUGACCCCUUAGUCCCCCUAAUGUUUGGUUCCGUUACUACUGAAAAGCUAAAAACAUUGGUAAAUCCAGCCAAUGUAGCCUUCAAAACCUAUGGGGGCUUGAUGCACAGUUCAUGUCACCAGGAAAUGAUGGAUAUCAAGCAAUUCAUUGAUAAAGUCCUACCGUCAGUUGAUUGACAUCACUAAGAGGCCUUGGGUAGAAGUACACCAGCAUCACUGUAGUAGAGUAGAAACUUUUAAAAUGUGCCCAAUCCUGAAACCUCUUGUUUGCAGUGUUAGAAUGUUUUGCAAAUACGUACCAAUGACACAAACUAAAUGUCUCCUCAUGGGAAAUGUAUGUUCUUUUAAGUUUCUUUUCAUGUAUCUGUAUAUUGUGAUCCCAGAGUAAUACUAGUAUUAAAAUAGGUGAAGCAGCUGGCUUCUUUUUCCCAAAUGUAAUUCAGAAAAAUAAUAAAAUACUGCAACCAGAAUAUUCAUUACAUCAUUUGGAAGUUAUUAGUAUGCUUAGAGAAAAUUUGUUCAGGUUUAAAUGAGUAAUUAAGAUAUAAAUGAUUUAAGUGCAUCAUGACUUAGACUAUGGAUUUAUUCCCAAACUGCCUAGUCACCACACAGUGGCUGUAUUUUUAUGUAUGUAUUCAUAUAUACAUAAUAAUUGUAAUACAAAAUAAGGUGGUAUUGAUAUACAUCAAAAUGAUAGUACAAAAUGAGAUGGUAUUAUAUAAUUCCUAAUAAUAGGGAUAAUACUUUUAAGUGUUAAUGAAAGAGUAAUAUUGCUCUCCUCAAUUAAUGCCCUUUUAUUUGGGGGACCAGACUUUUUUUCUUAUCAUUUCCAUUUAAUACUCUUUCUCCUUUCUAGAAAAGGCAUGUGUUCUGCCUUUAUUAUCCUUCAUAGGAGACCAAAUAUUGCUUCCCUGCCAUAGACAUCAGAUGUUAAUAAAUGCUGUAAUUUGACAUUCUGAAUCACAGAUAUAUGGUAUUUAUGAUGUAUUUAUACUUAUAAUGAAACCAGACAUCACUUAAAACUUCUGUGCUACUUAUUUCUUUAACUGUUUUUUAGUCCAAAUUUAGACUUACUCAGUUAUUAGAAUCUUUAGUUCAGGGAACAGAAUGAUUCUGUGGUUUUAAUUUUCUGUA